UCUUUACGCCAGUGCUACCGGUGGGUCUUCGGUUCAGCGGAGCGUCACUGCUGUUGCUGAUCCACCACCAGGACUCGAAGAGCAGCCGAUAAUCCUCCUUUUCCACCGGGACCUUGCGAACGGUCCCAAAUACCCGAGCACCAUGGCAGACAGAGAGAACCUAGUAUACCAGGCAAAACUCGCCGAACAAGCGGAGAGAUACGAUGAAAUGGUGGAGUCGAUGAAGAAAGUGGCCAGUAUGGACGUGGAGCUGACGGUAGAGGAGAGGAACCUGCUGUCAGUAGCGUAUAAGAACGUGAUAGGAGCCAGAAGAGCUUCCUGGAGGAUAAUCAGCAGCCUCGAACAGAAAGAAGAAAACAAAGGCGGAGAAGACAAACUAAAGAUGAUCCGAGAAUACAGGAAAACGGUUGAGAAAGAGCUGAAAUCAAUCUGCAACGACAUUCUGGAUGUACUGGACAAGCACCUCAUCUUAGCUGCAGUCACGGGAGAAUCUAAGGUUUUCUAUUACAAAAUGAAGGGAGAUUACCACAGGUACCUGGCAGAGUUUGCCACAGGCAAUGACAGGAAGGAGGCAGCCGAGAACAGUUUGGUUGCUUACAAAGCUGCUAGCGACAUCGCCAUGAUGGAACUCCCUCCAACGCACCCUAUUCGUCUGGGAUUGGCCCUGAACUUUUCAGUUUUCUAUUAUGAAAUCCUCAACUCGCCAGACCGUGCUUGCAGGUUGGCGAAGGAAGCAUUUGAUAAUGCCAUUGCAGAACUGGAUACGCUGAGCGAGGAAAGCUAUAAGGACUCAACACUUAUCAUGCAGUUGCUACGUGACAACUUGACACUAUGGACCUCAGACGUGCAGGGUGAUGAUUCUUAAGGACAGCCUCCUUCCUUCACUCUUCCUCCAUUAUAGAAGUGUAUUUUGUGAAGAACAGAACAAAGAAGCACUGCAAGAUGCGGAGGAAGAGACCCCGCGAGACUGAACACCACAAGACAAGCCCCCCUCCUCCUCCUCUUCCUCCAUUCUGUCCUCCCAGCACUAGCUCCUGUCCCCAGCCACAGUUUUCAGCUGGGUUUAUACUGCAGCCCACACUAUUUCUCUACCUUUUCCUCUUUUUCUACCCACCUGUCUCAACCUUUCUCCUCGUAUGCACGUCAUCUCCCAAUCCCCCUCAGGGCCCGCUGGGGUCUUCAUCUCCACUCCCCAGGGGCGUUGUCUUAUUUUUGAUGACUGAAUUUGCAAGCCUGUACCCUUUAAGGUUCAUGUCCUAUUUUACUGUUUUUAUUUUGCUUUACUUUGCUGUUUCAUCUGUUGCCAAGUACGCUUGCCUGUAUUUGUAACACACACAUGCAAGAGUUUAUUUAAAGACAAUAAUUUGCUGUUCAACUUUUUCCUGUGUAUGUCUUUAUGAACAAUAUAUUGUCCAUGCUUCUGUAAGUCAGUCAGUUUUGAAACAUUUCAGUUUGCAAAUCGAGGAAAUAUAGCAGUGAUUGAAGGUUUAAAAGGGAUGUGUUAAAGCUUUUAGGAAGAACCAAGUGCCCUCUUUACUUUGUGGUUACCAAACCUGCUCCUUCAACACAUCAAUAGGUCUUUUGUUUAUUUUUCUUAAAACAAACAGCAGAAUGUCCCCAAUCUUUGAGCAUCACUGACCUCUAUCCUUGUCCACUCUCAGACAAAGUAUUGUGCUGCGAGGCUGUAGCGCUUUUGCUAAUGGCAGAUAAUUAGUUAGGUAAUGGCUAUUUAGCAGACAAACUGUGCGUGUGUGUGUGCGCGCGUGGGAGGGGAAUAAUCAACACAUGAUUGUAAUGUAAUGCAGUUUUGCAUUGGCACUAUAUAUAUAUAUAAAAAAGGUUUGGGAAAUGGAGGCCUGCUGUAUCUUUACUCCCUUGACUUUCAGGUUUCCUCAUCUCAACUCUGUCUCUUUCCCCUCAUUUCCUCUCUUCCUUCUGUUCAUUAUGUGUAACGUGAAUCUGAUUUGUACUACUGGAUGUUCUCACCGGAGCCACAAGUACCAUCUGUAUUCUUACUGAAACACAGCAUGGAAUUAACAUUAAACUUCAAAGUGAAAAAUGUUAAAUUAA